AUGGUAAAACUAGCCUGGUCCAUCACUAAUCAUGAUCCAUAUUUUCGGGAAAUACAGUUGAAAGAGAAAAUGCAGAUCAUAAUUAUGUUACACAAUCCUGUUAAUGAAGAUACAAUGUACGGCAAUGCUCGCGAUAAAAAUCAGUUAAGUUUUACAUUUAAAGAAUUAAAACGUGUUUUGUCUCACUGUUUACGCGACCUUGUUGACAGAACAAGUAUCAUGGAUAGUUCACCCGUUGUUUUAGCACCAGAUAAACAUAAGAAAUUUGAUGUUAGCGAUGAUAAAUGGACGGAUGUGUUUAAUGAAAAUAUUAAAUCAUUAUUAUCGGAUGAUUCAAUUAAAUACUUGAUUGUGUGUGGAGCUCCUCCAAGAGACCGACUACAUAAGACUAAAAUCAUCCAUUGUGGAAGAGAUAACGAUAAAAGUGAAGUUCGUGAUAUGCAAUGCUGCUCGAGCUGUUGUAGAGAAAUGUUUCCUUUGUGUAUUUGAUGGAGGAUAAAAUAGUUUAGCUUAACUAUAACACAAAUAUCAGUAAUUUAGAAUACCAUAGAUACUACAGAUUUUUUACAGUAUUGACAAUACCAACAUUUUUUCUUUUGUGUCGUUUAGACUGUGAAAUAAAAUGUGUAUUACAGACGCUAGCCAACAUGAAAUAAACCAAUAUCUGAUGCGAUAGGCAGAACCGCUUCAUCGCAAAACAAUAUGCUCUAGAUAUGGUGAUGUACUGCAUGUACUUCACCCGACUAUGCAUCCGAAUCCCCUUUAGCGAUUGAAACGUUUCAACUAGAAGGAAAUUCUAAUUUAUCAUAUGAUCAAUUUAAAGAUAGAGCAAUAUUUUCUGUGAUGAUUCAUAAUGAAAUUAUGAUAUUGUCGAUGGUUCCAUGUUAUCCGAUGAAUUUAAUUAUGAUCUUAUAAUCAAACUGCUUCCAAAAUCACUAAGUCUUCUCAGCUGAAAAAGAUUUCUCAGAACUUGACUAUUUUUUCUCCGGAAUAGGAAGAGUAAAACAUAAUUAUGUGAGAAACUAUAGUGCUUUUUUCAAUGACUUAGAUUUUUGAUUUAAACUUUAUUAUAGAAGAAACAGUAAUCAAAUCGGGCUGUGCCCAUUGCAUGACACUGGGAGAGAGGAAGAGGACGAACGAAAGUACAAAAUAAAAAAAACAAAAAAGAAACUAGACA